AUGGAGCGGAAGUCUGCAAGGCCAGCCUCCACCUUGCCCCUUGAGGAGCUGAGGCUUCCCCAGUUCUGCUGUCUCCAUCUGGGACCCCGGGAGGUCCCCGAAGCUGUCCUGCCCGUCCUGCUUCUCACCGCGACACUCUGUUCCCAGACCUCCUGUUCCUCUUUCGGUGCUGACACCCCGACCUCCUGCUGCUUCUUCUAUAUCUCCCGGCAGAUUCCUUGGAAAUUUGUGGUCGACUAUUAUGAGACCAGCAGCCAGUGCUCCAAGCCCGGUGUCAUCUUCCAAACCAAAAGAGGCCGGCAGAUCUGUGCUGACCCCAGGGAAGCCUGGGUCCAGAAGUACAUCAGCGACCUGGAGCUGAAUGCCUGA